AUGCGUCGUCGUCGCGCCCCCAAGAGGCAGGCAAUUGAACGUGAGCCCUUUGUCCCUCACUCCGCCAACCUCCAACGUCCCCUUGUACGAAUUCGCGCAGCAGAGAUCACAACCGACGGUAGCACACGGUUGCACACAAGCUACAUUGAAGGAAAACUUCCUCACGAUUUGCCUACUAACAACACGCAUUUCAUAGAUGAUGAGGUCGGGUAUGCUGGUGACCUGGGCUUUGAUUCUGGAUCCAUCAUGGAAGAUAUCCCCUGUGAUGCUCCUUUGGGCAAACGCAAACGCUUUGCAGCGGUGAAACGCCAAGACUUUGUUGAUGAAAUGAUGCGUCUCAACGGGCGUGGAUCAGAGGGCAUCGGUUGUCAGUGCGGUGAGGUAUCACCUCAAUUCCGAUGUUGCGACUGUUUUGGUGUUCAAAUGUUCUGCCGUGCAUGCACGCUCAGAAACCAUGCUUAUCUCCCUUUGCAUAGGGUCGAGAUGUGGAAUGGGUCUUUCUUUCAACGCAUCACACUUAAAAGCCUUGGAGUUCGCAUCCAACUUGGCCAUAACUCUGGCGACAAGUGUUACAACCCAGUUCCUUCUACUGGUGAUGACUUUAUUGUCAUUGGACUAGAUGGUAUCCACGAGAUCGCGCUGGACUUCUGUGGCUGCGCCUCAGCUCAGGUCUGGUACAAACAGCUACUACGCGUGCGGUGGUACCCUGCAACCAUCUCAGAGCCUCGAACCGUGGCAACAUUCACGGUUCUGCAAAAUUUCCACCUUUUAUCCUUCGAGAGCAAAGUUUCAGCAUAUGAAUUUUAUCAUUCGCUUGCAAGACGUACCGACAAUUCUGGCUUAUCAAAGAUCAAGGAUCGCUACUCUGCUUUUAUGCGAAUGGUUCGCCAAUGGCGCAAUCUCAAGCAACUGGGCCGUGCAGGAAGGGGUCACGAUCCCGCUGGAGUGGACGCUACAGCCGAAGGGGAGCUAGCAGUCCUGUGCCCCGCAUGCCCACAUCCUGGGAAGAAUUUACCGCCAGACUGGGAGGAAGAGCCGCUCUUCGUUAGGUGGAAAUAUGCAUUAUUUGUGGCGAUCGACGCAAAUUUUCGGCUGAAGCGAAAGGCAGUGUCCUGUGACACUACCGAUCCCAGCCUCAAUCUCGGAUGUGGUUAUUUUGUCCGGGACAGUGCGUACAAGUCCACCUGCGUCAGCCAUAACGCAGUCAAUGCUGCCGAUGUAAAAUCUUCCCGGGGGCUAGCAGCCACGGGUGUUGGAACAAUCGACUGUGCAAGACACGAUAUGAAACUUCCGAACGGCGUUGGAGACCUCCAGAAGGGGGAACGUUAUAUCAACAUGGAUUACAUCAAGCUAUGGAAUCGAAUGGAGUCAAUGCCGGAACAUCUUCGCCUGCCUAGCGAAUGCUCACUUAUUCGAUUCUUUGUCCCGAAAUUUCACAUCCAGGCUCACAUUGAGAAGUGUCGAACUAAUUUCUCAUUCAAUUGGUCGAGAUACGUUGGCCGAACUGAUGGCGAAGCACCCGAGCGUGGUUGGUCGAACAUCAACCGAGUUGCAUCAAGUACAAAAGAGAUGGGGCCAGGAACGCGUCGAGAUACCCUCGACGAUCACUUUGGAGACUGGAAUUGGAAAAAGGUCACGGUGUUAGGGCGAACAAUGCUGAAGAAGAUGGUUGAAGCUGUCAAGUGGGCGAGAGAGCAUUCGGAAGCUCUCGCGGAGCUGGAGAAGACCAUCCAGCCCGCUCUCAUUGCUCAAUGGAAGGCGGAAGUUGAAGCCUGGGAGGAGGACAACUCUUGUCCUAAUUCCUUUGAAAGCCGCUUCUCUCCGGUCACACAGGCAGCUGUACGAUUAGAACUCGCCGAGCUCGAAGCCCAGGAACUCCAAGCUGGGAUUAACGUCUCACUUCACACUGAUGUUUCCCCGAGCGGUUUAAUUACGUUGGGUAUAGAUCUCGAAGAUCAACAAGCACGUUUGAGAUCGAAGUUUGCUGAUGUCUCCCUCCACGACACUGACAAGCAAAAGGCAAUGCUGCAGACCCAGGUCACCUCCCUCCAGCGACGACUCGAGGCCUGGGCUCGCAUCCGGGAAUUAUAUAUGCCAGCUGUUUGUCAACUGCGCCAUCAAUCAUCCGAAGCUACUGAGAGGGUGGAGGAACUGAAACCGCAAGACUUCGAGCUGUGGCUCCCAUCACAGCUCCCAACUGAGACGCCUACAGACCAGAAGCUUGCUGGGUACGAGUGGGACUUGCGCUAUGCACAAGCUCUUGACGCCCUCGACGAUGUUCGCUCACACCUUCGCCUUCGAUCCCACAUUUAUAUGUACAAGGAUAAGAACAUUCGUGGUCAAGCGGGCUCCACCCGCGCGAAAAAAAUUAUUGACUCUGUCGAGUCGCGGAAACAAGCCAGCGUCCUCAAGUAUAGACGUGCGCGGAAUGCCCUGUUAUCCCUUACGAGCCGUCUUGAGAGGUGUGGGUGGGAGACUGUUGUGCGCCCACUUUUGAAUAGUGAUGUCAGACCUAUGGGCGACAUGGAGCGACAAGGGACCGGGACUAUUUCCUGGAUCUGGUUAGAAUCACAUGCUGACAACAGUUGUACAGAGAACGAACGGGUGCAGGAUUGUGUUCGCUUGGAGUGGUGCAAGGCUCGUGCUCGUAAGCACCGGUGGUCAGAGGAGGUAGAGCUGUUGUUAGAGGAGAUGAGGCGUGUGUUAGUGUUUUUGAAAUGGCAAGCGGCCUGGUGGAAGGGGCGCGAGACACUCCGGAUGGUCGACUCGAUGCCCACACAAGAAGGACUGACGGCGUAUGCGUGCCGCCAGUCUGCAUUGCGCGAUUCGCUGACCGCCUCAUUUCAAAGCUUAUGGAGUGGGGUACCUGCCCUGAUCACUGAUGGGUUGGAUAUCAUGGAGAGUGGAGAGGCGGAUGGCCCUACCAUAGAUGCUCCUCCUCCGCAGUCACAGAUGUUUUAUAAUUAG